CAAAGCUUGAAACACCACAAAAUACACCAUGAGGUACACAACCAGGAGCAUUACUUUCUUCCUCAUUCUCUCAUCUUACCUUGCUACCUCAAUAAAAGCCAUACACAUCACAGAUGGUUAUGAGGUUCAUGUAGUCAACAACCUCCCCGCCGACAGCGCGGCCUUGGUUAUUCAUUGCCAAUCCCGCGACAACGAUCUGAAAAAUUACAUUCUUCCGGUGCACCAGGACUUCCACUGGAACUUUCAUGUCAAUAUAUGGAGAACUACGACUUUCUUUUGCCAUUUUCAGUGGGGUUGUUUUGACAAAUCCUUUGAAGUUUUUGACAACUUUUUGACCGGGAAAUGUGUUCAUACAUCAACUCCUGGUCGGAUUUGUCACUGGUCUGUUAGGACUGAUGGUUUCUAUGUUGCUAAAUAUGAUCCUCCUUACAAUGGUCCCUUCACCAAAGCAUGUGACUGGUGAUGACAAGUUGGUGUGGUCACUAACAAUUUGUUUUUUAAUUUACCUAUUAAAAAAAU